UCACAUUUAGGUAAAUUACGUUUUUAUCAUCUGUCACCCGUAACUUACUACAAUGUUCAAAGUAAAAAUAGACAUAUCAGUGCGUGAUAACAGCCGGUUGUUCAGGGUCGCCAAUCGUUCAAAGUACAAAAAUUAAUAAUAAACAAACAUCAAGCAACAGGCAAAAAAAUAAGUUUAUAUUUUAAUUUGUUGAGAUUGCGAUUGUGAACAUGAUUCCGCGUAAGAGGGUUCUGGAUUUGUUGAGGACUAUCAACUCGGCUAACUGCCAGUGUCCAGCACAUGGCCACAGAGGGAAUAUUCAGGUGUCCAAUGCUACACCAUUGAAAGAUUAUGCUUUUGAGAUAAAAUGUUCAACUGUGAGAUAUGGUUUGGGUGUGACCAGGGAGGUGGGUCUAGACCUUGUGAAUCUUGGAGCGAAGAAUGUCUGUGUUAUGACAGAUCCCAAUCUAGUGUCAUUGAACCCAGUGAAGGCUGUUCUGAACUCUCUCACUAAGAAUGGUAUAAACUAUAAGGUUUAUGAUAAAGUCAGAGUAGAACCAACAGAUUCAAGCUUUAAAGAUGCAACACAGUUUGUCAAAAAUGGCCAGUUCGACAGUUUUGUGGCUGUUGGUGGAGGCUCAGUUAUGGAUACUUGCAAGGCUGCUAAUUUAUACUCCAGUGAUCCAGACGCUGACUUCUUAGAUUAUGUUAAUGCACCUGUAGGUAAAGGAAAGCCCGUUGAAGUCACCUUGAAGCCAAUGAUUGCAAUUCCAACUACAAGUGGAACUGGAAGUGAAACGACCGGUGCGGCAAUAUUCGACUUUGAGGACAUUCAUACAAAGACUGGUAUCUCGCACGGAGCUUUGCGCCCUCUCCUAGCUAUUAUAGAUCCGCUUCACACCCUAAGUCUGCCAGAGAAGGUGUCAAAUUACGCGGGCUUUGACAUAUUUUGCCACGCUUUGGAGAGUUUCACUGCUAUCCCGUAUACGGAGAGGGGGCCAGCACCGGCGAAUCCAGCGUUGAGACCAGCGUAUCAAGGAAGCAAUCCAAUAUCGGAUGUAUGGGCGCGAUUUUGUUUACAGACACUUCAGAAGUACUUCACCCGCGCAGUAUAUAACGCUGAUGACAUCGAAGCACGGUCAUACAUGCAUUUAGCGGCCACCAUGGCCGGCGUGGGUAUUGGAAAUGCCGGCGUCCACUUGUGUCAUGGACUCGCUUAUCCCAUUGCUGGAAAUGUUAAAACCUUCGUGCCUCAGGACUAUGGUAAAGACCCGAUCAUACCGCACGGACUUUCAGUAGUAAUGACAGCGCCUGCUGUUUUUCGGUAUACUGCGUCCAGUGAUCUAGACAAGCAUUUAGAAGCAGCUAACCUAUUAGGUGCCGAUAUUACUGGCAAGAAAAAAGCAGACGCCGGCCAAAUAUUGUCCGAUACCAUAAUAAAAUAUAUGGACGCUAUGAAAAUUGAAAAUGGAUUAUCUAGCCUUGGAUACACUUCAGAUGAUAUUCCAAAAUUGGUCAAAGGCGCUCUUCCUCAGCAACGUUUAUUGAAAAUGUCGCCAUUGGAGCAAUCAGAGGAAGAUCUGUCUAAAAUGUUAGAAGGCUCUUUGACUAUCUUCUAAAUGGUUUCACAGCUUGGAAAUCAGUAGAAAUUCCAUUCAACUGAAUGAAUGAUUAAUUUUUUUAUGAACAAUCGAAUUUUAUUAUUAUGAUCUAUUUUUUGUACUAAGUUAAUAUUUGAACAUUUUAUACGUAAUGUAAGUAUAUGGAUAUCUUUAUAUUAACGUGCCAUAGUUAAUUACUAUUCAAUAAAAAAUAUA